AUAAGAAAUUUGAUUUUUCGGAAAACGAGUCCAUAGGAGAGGCAGAGUCGAUCGUUAAGUUUAUAGAUUUUGCACAAGAACAUAUCCCAUUGUCUUUAGACGAUAAUGACAUGUUUAUUCAUGAUCCUUCUAUAAUAAAUGAAAUAUUAUCACCACCACCAGCCGAAGAGAUGACGAUCUCCACUUUGUUUUUUUCAUUGAUUCAAUCUAUUACAAAUAACAUGCCAAACUUGCCAAGCGAUCAUAUAAAUGAAAUUGUUGAGGUGGAUUUUCCAAAAGAAUUAUCAGUUUCAACAUUUUAUCAACUUCUUAGUCAAAUGACAUUACUUGGUUCUGCAAUUUUUCAUAAAUGUACAAUUGUACGAUUAUUAAGUUUUACUGAUUGGAAUAGAAAAUAUUCAUUUGCCGACAAUAAACCAAUUUUGAUCUCAUCUUUUGACGAAGAGAAAGAAUUAAAUGAACUUUUAAAAGAACAAUUUAUUAAUGAUGAAGGUGAACCGAAAACUUAUGAAACAUCUUUAGGGCAACAAACAAAUUCGAUGACAUUAGAAAUUGUCGUACAACAACAAUAUUUAACACCACAAAGCGAAUUAUUUUCAAAGAUAUUUCAUUAUCUUUCAACGACGAUAUGUCUUCGUCCAAUACCUUGUGGAAGACAUGUAACAAGAAUCAUUAUUCCUAUACCUUCAACUUCCACGAUUGAACCGAUUUUAACUUGGUUGUAUAGUCAUGAUGAUAAAGCAUGGAUGGAUACUAUAACAUCCAAAAAUUUUGAGCAAGUAUGCCGGAACGCAAUAUUUCUUGGGUUAAAUGAUGAGGCAUUCGCUGUAUUGGAAAGAGUUUUUCAACAGCUGAUAGCAGACAAUAAAUAUUUUACGUGA